GUAUAAAAAAGCCCAGCUGGGCCUUGGUCAACCAGUUGAGUUCCACUAACUGAACAAGCAACAAUUCCCAAGAUGAAGUUCCUGAUCAUCCUUGCCUUGGCCGUGGCCGCCUCCGCCUUCCCCGAGCCGGAGCUGCAGCUCCGCAACCGUGAGAUGCCCGUGGUCGGCGACAUCGGAGGUCGCAUCACCGGAGGAAGCAACGCCGCCGUCGGCCAGUUCCCCUACCAGGUGGGACUUUCCCUGAAGCUGAGUGCUCUGUCCAGCGCCUGGUGCGGUGGCUCCCUGAUCAGCAACUCCUUCGUCCUGACCGCUGCUCACUGUACCGACGGAGUUCAGUCCGUGACUGUCUACCUGGGCGCCACCGUGCGUACCUCCGCCGAGGUUACCCAAACCGUGUCCAGCUCCAACAUCAUCAUCCACUCCGGCUGGAACAGCGCUAAGCUGCUGAACGACAUCUCCCUGAUCAAGAUCCCCGCCGUCUCCUACAGCAGCAAGAUCGCCCCUGUCGCGCUGCCCAGCAUCGCCAACUCCUACUCGACCUACACCGGUGAGGUGGCUGUCGCCUCCGGAUGGGGACGCACCAGCGACAACAGCGGCGUGGCCACCAACCUCCAGUUCGUCGAUCUGACUGUGAUCGCCAACUCCGUCUGCGCCAACACCUACGGCUCCUCGAUCGUGACCUCCUCCAACAUCUGCGUCGCCACCCCCAACGGCCAGUCCACCUGCAACGGUGACUCCGGCGGUCCUCUGGUCCUCAAGCAAUCCAAGGUCCAGAUCGGUCUGACCUCGUUCGGUGCCGCUGCCGGUUGCCAGAAGGGCUACCCCGCUGCCUUCACCCGUUUGACCAGCUACUUGAACUGGAUCCAGGACAACACUAGCGCCUAAGAAGGAGACAGGAACUAAAUAUCUUGCAAAAAUAAAAAUCAUUUCGAAAAA